GUCAUAAUGCUUCCACUCUUAAAACAUUAUUUCAUUAUGUUUUGUUGAAUUUUCUUCUUUUUCGGUAGCCGCUCUUUCUUCUACGUUUGACUGCGAUACGAAAAGGAGGUCACCUUGGAGUGUCAUUCAAAUUUUAGCGGGGUUUGGUGCUCUAUCGCGUUCUAAUUUUUUAAUUAAUAUUUAUUGUUUUUAAGUAAAAGUCUAAGUAAAAAAUAAAUAUGGGUGGAAGGUGGUCAGGUAUGGAUCCUUCUGAAAUCGAAGUACCAGAAUUAAAUGCUUUAUUGGAAAGAGAUCCGUACUUAAAACCGUAUGAGCAAGAGUUUCGUAAAAGAUAUGCAUUGUUCAAAGAUUACAUUGAAAAAAUAGAAACUGGUGAUGGCAGUUUAGAUAAAUUUUCAAAAGGAUAUGAAAAUUUUGGGAUCCAUGUAAAUGAAGAUAAUAGUGUGACCGUACGAGAAUGGGCACCUGGAGCACAAGAAUUAUUUUUAACAGGAGAAUUUAAUUAUUGGAAUAAAACAGCCAAUUCAUUUAAAAAGUUAGAUUAUGGAAAAUGGGAAUUGUAUUUACCUCCUCUUGCUGAUGGUAGUUGUCCUAUAAAACAUCUUUCAGAAGUGAAAUUAAUUGUUAAAGAUCAGAAUAAUGAAUUAUUAGAACGAAUAAGCCCAUGGGCUACAUACGUUACACAGAAUUUGGCUGAAAGUACAUUAUAUAAACAACGUCUAUGGAAUCCAUCACCUGAAAAUGUUUAUAAGUUCAAACAUCCUAAACCAAAGAAACAUGAGAGUCUUAGAAUUUAUGAAUGUCAUGUCGGUAUUGCAACUCAAGAACUAAAGAUUGGUACAUACUUAGAAUUUGCUAAAAAUAUAAUUCCUCGUAUUGUAAAACAAGGUUAUAAUGCUAUACAGUUAAUGGCUAUCAUGGAACAUGCGUACUAUGCCAGCUUUGGUUAUCAGGUGACCUCUUUCUAUGCUGCUUCAUCCCGUUAUGGUACACCAGAAGAAUUAAAGGAAUUAAUAGAUACAGCACAUGAACAUGGCUUAUAUGUUUUACUGGACGUAGUACAUUCUCAUGCAUCAAAAAAUACUUUGGAUGGAUUAAAUAUGUUUGACGGUACUGAUAAUUGUUUCUUCCAUACUGGUCACCGUGGACAGCAUCCACUUUGGGAUAGUAGAUUGUUCAAUUAUGGGGAAUAUGAAGUACUUAGAUUUUUGCUAUCUAAUUUACGUUGGUACAUCGACGAGUAUGGUUUCGACGGAUUUAGAUUUGAUGGUGUCACAUCAAUGUUGUAUCACUCAAGAGGACACGGACAAGGUUUCAGCGGACAUUAUGAUGAAUAUUUUGGUCUUAAUGUUGAUGUUGAAGGUGUUGUGUAUUUAAUGCUUGCAAAUCAUUUCUUACAUAAUCUUUAUCCAGAAAUUACUACAGUGGCAGAAGAUGUUAGUGGAAUGCCUGGAGUAUGCAGGCCAGUUAGUGAAGGUGGAUUAGGAUUCGACUACCGUUUAGCUAUGGCUAUUCCAGAUAAAUGGAUUAAGCUUUUAAAAGAAGUGAAAGAUGAAGAUUGGAAAAUUGGCGAUAUUUGUUGGACAUUGAGUAACCGAAGAUGGAUGGAAAAAACUGUAGCUUAUUCAGAAUCUCAUGACCAAGCUCUUGUAGGUGAUAAGACAAUCGCAUUUUGGCUCAUGGAUAAGGAAAUGUACUCGCAUAUGAGUACGUUAAGUCCACCCAGCGCAAUCAUUGAGCGUGGAAUUGCUCUUCAUAAUCUCAUUACAUUAAUUACACAUGCAGUAGGAGGAGAAGCUUACUUGAAUUUUAUGGGUAAUGAAUUUGGUCAUCCCGAAUGGUUGGAUUUUCCAAGAGCCGGUAAUGGAAACAGUUAUCAUUAUGCUAGACGACAAUGGAAUUUGGUAGACGAUGAGUUGUUAAAAUAUAAAUGUAUGAAUAAUUGGGACCGUGCUAUAAAUACUCUUGAAGAAAAAUAUGGAUGGUUACAUGCUCAUCCUGCAUAUAUAAGUUGGAAACAUGAGGAUGAUAAAGUAAUUGUCUUUGAUCGUGCAGAUCUUAUAUUUGUUUUUAACUUCCACCCAGAAAAAUCAUUUCCUGAUUAUACUGUUGGAGUAAAGAAUCCAGGAACUUAUAAAAUUCUUUUAUGUAGUGAUGAUAAAGAGUUUGGUGGAAAUGAUCGUGUUGAUACUAGUGUGAAACAUUUUACUAAACCAGAAUCGUAUUCUGCUUAUUCAAACAGAAUGAUGGUUUACAUUCCAUGUCGCACAGCUAUUAUUUACGUUCGAGAAACGUGAUUACAUUUUAUGGACGUAGCUAAUAUAAGAACUGGCGUUUAAUAUUAUGUACAAAUAAAAAAUUUUUGUACCAAAGUUUACAACCAAAACCUCAGAAAUUACAGCACUCAUAGGAAAAGUACAAAUUUUUUGGAAACACGACAUGAAUUUUUAUUAUAUUACAUUUCAACAUAAAAAUCAUACUAUGCCUGAUACGUAAACACAUAUACUCAUUAAACUACUGAUACAAGAGAUUAUAUUCAUUUUAGAAUUAUUUUAAAAGGUUUAUAUUUUUAGAUACUGUGUUUUUAGCAUCUGCAAAUAUUUAUAAUAAAAUGGGUAUGUUUUAAA